UUACAUUUUGUUUCGGCAAUUAUGCUCCUAGGACGUGUUAUACAGUGUAGUGUGUACCGCAUAGCGGAUUUCCCGGUGACCAAAUUGUGUGGGGAUGUGUUCACUGAUUUGCCAAACUGCCAAAGGAGCCUUGUGAUAGGUCAAAACAACUUAUUCUCCUGUGUUUUGUAGAAUGUAGGUCUGUUUUUAUUUAUCGGUCGUUUUUCAGCGACAUGUUGUCAUCGAUCAGCUGCUUAGGCUGCGCCUGUUAGCUUUGGUCUUGUCAUACUAGUGUACUCGAUUACCUAUUGGCUAAUGCUGUGUAGAUAUUAGGUUGUAGAUUUAUAAUAGUUGUAAUUUGUAAUUAUCGUAUAAUAAUACCGUUCGAUUUCUUUUUAUAUAAUUUUCUUUUAUUUUAAAUCGGUAAGAGUCGAUAGUAUUUCGUUCCAGUUAUGAUGUGAAAUGUGAACAUCAUCAUUUGACAACGUUGAUAUAAUAACGACAAUCAUUUUGGUGACGCUAACGAUAUCGCUACACCGUCGUAGGUACGAACUUGUCACCACGGUAUAAACACAAAAGUUAAUUACAACACAUUAUUUGCUUGACAAUCAACAAAGAUGGGUCAAUUUAUAAGUGCAAGUCGUAAUAACAACAGCAAUGAUGAGCUUGUUAAUACAUUAAUUAAGAGAGAAUAUAUACACACAACUAAUGUGGAACAAGCGUUCAGGUGUGUCGACCGUGGUUUAUAUUAUACUAGUAGUAAUAAAGAAAAUGCCUAUAGAGACACUGCUUGGCAAUUGGAUAAAGUUCAUUUGUCUGCACCUAGUGUUUAUGCUACUGUUUUAGAAUGUUUGGAUUUGCACAAAGGCCAAAAAUUUUUAAACAUUGGUUCUGGAGUAGGAUACUUUAGUACUCUCGCCGGUCUUCUAUUGGGUGUUAAUGGUGUUAAUCAUGGAAUUGAAAUUCAUAAGUCUCUAAUAGAUAUUGCAUAUACAAAGUUGGAAGAAUUUAAACGCGAUGCUGCAGCAAUUGAUUAUUUUGAUUUUUGUGAACCUGUAUUCAUCGAAGGAAAUGCUUGUGAGCUGUUGUCAGUAGGUUACUAUGAUCGAGUCUAUUGUGGAGCUGGAGUACCACCAGCGGAAUCUUCAUUUAUGAAGGCUCUUAUCAAAGUUGAUGGUGUAUUAGUUAUGCCAUUGGAAGGGUUCCUUGUGAAAAUAAUAAGAACAGGUGAAUACUCAUGGAAAACAAUUGAUGUUUUGGAAGUAUCGUUUACAGAUCUUGUUGUACCAGAAAAAUGUAAUGUUAUGAAUGUUGCAAAAUUCCCUCCUGUUGAACCAAUGAGUUUACUAGAGUUAUGUAGAUCAAAUAUUCGUGCAUCCAUACGAGAUAGUUUGAAGGAAAGUUUUCCCGAACUGCAAAUGCGCACUAAAUGUAAGCCAAAUAAAAGUUAUGAUCAAAAAUUUUUCAAUAUUGAUGAUCCAUCAGGUCAAUUUGUCCGUGUACAAUAUGGUCCCACUGAAGGAGGAAUAGUUAAUUUAAGGAACAUUGUAGAUACGUUUGCUGGUUUAGAUGAGGCUAUAUCAGAUGUGGGUUCAACAUCAGAGAAUGAGGCUAUAUCAGAUGUGAAUUCAUCAAUAUCAGAGACUGAGGCUUUAUCAGAUGUGAGUUUAACAUCAGGAACUGAGGCUAAUAGAGAAGAUAAUGAUAAUGAUGGUGAUUGUGAUUAUGACGAUGAUGAUGAUAACGACGAUGAUGCUAAAGAAAAUAAAAGUAAACAAUGUGAUAAACGUUUACAUAAGAAAACUGAAUCAGAUACUAAAAGGAAAUCAUCAGAAGCUGGAUGUUCUGAAGAAAAUAAAACAUUGCCUGGAAAAUCAGAAAACAGAAAAAAAAUGAGAAUGAACAUAUCUUCUACAGCCAAAAAUCGCCAAAACAACCAAUUGAACAAUAGAAGAAAUAGUGAUUUAUGGGUGGUUGAAGAUUAUGCGUCUAACAAAUCAUCAUCCGAUGAUCGUUUAAGUUGGACAUCGAAUGAAGAUAAUGCAAAUAAUGUAAGAAAUCGUAAUUUUGAUGUAAGCUCUUUGCUUGAUGGUGAUAACAGUCAUGAAAGUGAUUCUGAUGGUGAAGCUGCUAGAGAAUUGAUAUUAUAUCGCUUUCUCAGUGAACGCAAAGAUAAUGAGUUGAGCAAACUUUUAAAGGUUAAAAUUGAUCUGUUACCAGUACCGAAUAUGCUCAAGACGUUUCUCAAUUAUUAUAAAAAAAUGUAAUAAUUUGAUGUUCGGUAGUUUAUAAAACAUUUUUUUUUUUAUUAUUU